CACCUUGUGUCUCCGCCGCUGCCGCCGCUGCCACCGACCCGGCACAAGGGCACUGUCAUGCACAUCACCGUCGUGGGAGGCGGCAACUCGACUCCCAUCUUCGCUGCGCUCGCCAAGGACGCCGGCCACGAGGUGGCGAUCCUCACCCGGCGGCCCGCCGACUGGAACAAGGACGACAUCGGCUUUGUCAACGAGGACCUCGACUACUUCCCGCAGGCGGAGCUGCGGGUCGGCAUCGACCUCGUGACUGACGACCCGGCGCUCUGCAUUCCGCAGACGGACCUGAUCUUCAUCGCCGGGCUGCCGAUCCACCACAACCCGACGGUGCUGGCGCGGAUCCGGCCGCACCUGGACAUGCAGAAGAAGGUCUUCAUCGGCUCGAUCUGCGCGUACGGCGGCUUCAACUGGGUGGCGGCGGAGGCGCUCGGGCCAGGCAACUACUCACUCUUUGGCACGCAGCUGAUCCCGUGGUGCUGCGGCACGCUCGAGUACGGGCGGACGGGGCUGGUCAUCGGGGCGAAGCGGCUGCUGCGGAUCGCGACCGAGGACGGACGCGACUCUGACGGCGUCAAGCCCAUCCUCGCCAAGAUCCUCAAGAUGCCCUUCCUCACCGACACCGACUUCAUCGCGAGCACGCUCUGGCCCAACAACCCGUCGCUGCACCCGCCCAUCCUGUACGGCCUCUUCAAGGACUGGGACGGGAAGAGCCCGUACGACCCGGACAAGGAGCGGCGCCCACACGACCGACGCCGCUCCCACCCGCAACGCGCACGACCGCUCGCAUCCCGCCUCCCACCGCCGCCUCCCUCCCCUAGUCUCUCACAGCGCCGCCUCUCACAGCGCCGCCUCUCACCUCCGCCGCGACACUCCGGCCGCCCCUCCUCUCGGCGGCAGGUGCCCACUCUCAUCUACAAGGACCUGCGCACCGACUCCGCGGUCACCCUCGUCGAGAUGGACACCGACCUCUGCGCCAUCGUCGCCGGCCUGCGCGGCGCGCUGCCGCAGAACGGCCACCUCGUCGACAGCGACUUCUCGAUGAAGGCGUGUGUGAUGCAAAACUACGAGGAGCAGAUCACCUGCGCGUGGGACACGGUCAGCUGCAUCAUGUCCAACAAGGCCUUCGCCAAGCACAGGAUCCCGUACACGGCCAUCGAGGGCGGGGUGGUGCCGACGCUCGCACACAAGUUCUUCGAGACGGACCUGCCCUUCGGGCUGUGCACGAUGAAGGACAUCGCAAACAUGGUGGGCGUCGCGGUGCCGUGCAUCGACAAGAUGAUCCUGUGGAACCAGAAGCUGAUCGGCAAGGAGUACCUCACCGCCUCGGGCAAGAUCGACGGCAAGCACGCCUCCGAGUGCGUGCUGCCCUCCGCCUUCGGCCUCGACGCAAAGACGCUCGAGUUUGGCAACCGCAGCCGGACCGCCAACGGGGCGGAGAAGAAGCAGAAGACAUGA